AUGUACAUCGAAGCGAUUGUCCUCGAGGGCUUCAAGUCCUACUCAAACCGCGUCUACGUCGGGCCUCUGCAUCCGCAGUUCAACGCGGUCACGGGCCUCAACGGGACGGGCAAGUCUAACAUCUUAGACUCCAUCUGCUUCGUCCUCGGCAUCUCCAACCACGCGCUGGUGCGCGCGACGAAGCUCGAUGACCUCGUCUACAAGCAAGGCCAGGCGGGGGUCACGAAGGCGACCGUCACGCUCAAGUUCCGCAACGACCCUUUGCAGCAGAACAACCCUCUCCCCUUUCCCUACAGAGAGAUGCCCGAAAUCACCAUCACGCGGCAAAUCGUCAUCGGAGGCCGCGACCGGUAUCUGUUGAACAGCCGGAACGCACAGCUGAAGGAAGUGCGCGACUUUUUUCACUGCUGCCAGAUGAACAUCAACAGUCCGCACUUUAUGAUUCAACAGGGCAAAAUCACCAAAGUCAUCAACAUGAAGCCCAAAGAAGUCCUCGGCCUCAUCGAAGAAGUCUCGGGAACGCGCAUGUACGAGCUCAAACGAGGCAACGCCGUCAAGCUCAUGCAAAAAAAGGAACAAAAGCUUCAGGAGAUCUCGGUCGUUCUUCGCGAGGAGAUUGAACCGACAAUCGAGCGCCUGCGGAAAGAAAAGCAAGAAUAUUUCAAUUUUGUCUCUCUCAAAGAGGACAUGCAGCGCUUCCAGCGAUUCGAUAUCGCGUACCGCUUCUACUGCGCCAAGCAAAUGCUGCAGCAAGGCACCUCCGAUUUCGACGAACUGACUCAGAAGAAGGCAGAGAUCGAAGCGCAGAUCGCUGACUGCGACCGAGACGCCGCUACGGCCCAGAAGCAACUUGAGACACUCGAGGCGGAGCGGCAGCUCAUGGACGGCCCCUUGCAGAGCGUUCGCCAGAAGAAAGAAGAGAUAGAGAAGGUUUUGGCUAAGCGGCAGUCUGACGAGAAGAGCGCGCGGAGGGACCUGAAGCUCUCCUCAGACGCGCUGGAGGAUCUCCGCCGCGAGGAGAAAAAACUGGCGAAGAAACUCGCGGAGAAGCGCGCGUCGCGACAAGCGGAGACGACCCAGGUCGAGGCGCAAGAAGCGGAGAUAAAGACCUUGAAGGAGAGACUCGAGACCGCCGAGAAGAAGCUCGAGGGCCUCUCGACUGGCGGCGCGGAGGCCGGCGGCGGCGCGUCGCUGCGAGAGAAGCUGAAGCACGCGAAAACCAACGCCGCGAAGCUCGAGGCUGAGGAAGACGACCUGAAAACCGAACUCAGCCACGUCGCCGACGAACUCAAGCAACUCCGCGCAAACAUGGACCGCAGUGGGAAGGCGGCGGCGCAGAUGUCUCGACAGAGAGACGAAGCUGCCGCGCGCGUGACCGCGCUCGAGGCGCAGUUGGCGCAGGAGCCUGUUGAGGAGGAUAAGCUGAUGAAGCUUCGCGAGGAAAUGAAGAUUUGCCGCAGAGAAGUCGAUUCCGCGAAUCAAGAAGCGCAAGAGUCUCUUCAGCAGCUGAACUCGUGGUCCAAGAUCCAUGUGCGGCUGCCACGAGGCAUGCCCGCCGAGAAGCUGCACGGUCAGAUCUUUGAGUUGAUUGAGUUGAAGAACGAGUAUCUCGACUUCGCGACAGCUCUCCAGCUCCUGGUUGGCGGCAAGUUGGAGUACAUUGUCGUGGAGGACAAGGAUUCGAGCAAGGCGAUUUUCAAAGAAAAUAACUUCGCGAACAGUCGCCGCCGCGUGACGCUUCUUCCUAUCCAGGACUGCCAACUGGGCAAGAUCUGCGACGCACAAGCGUUGGCGCAGAAUCGGCGGCUCGUGGGCAUUGGUGCGGACGACGCGCGCGUCCUGCGGUGUCUGGAUGUUGUUGACUUUAACCCGCGGAAGCACGAAAAAAUUGCGCUCUACACCUUCGGCGGCAGUCUGAUUUGCGCGACGGCGGAGAUUGCGCAGAAGAUCACGUACCAAUCGAACAAGCGCCUCGCCUUUCCGUCCGUGACGGUCGAGGGAGACGUUUUUCAGACUGGAGGCGUCAUGGCGGGCGGCGGCGCAGGCCACGUGAAGGAAACGCUUCUGCUGUGGAAGAACUUCAAGAGGUGCUCGCAGAUCACCCAGGAGCUCGAGGAGCGCGCCAGGCAAAUUGACGUGUACCUGCGCCCGAUGGAAGACGCCUUUCAAAAGAACGCACACCUCAACAAGGAGCUCCGCCUAGCCCGCAAUCAGCUGCAGAAUAUCGAGCAAUUGUUCGCGACCAGCAGUGCAGGCAGCGAACUCGCGCGCGCGCAGCAGCUCGAGGAGCGCCGCGCGGAGUGCAGGACACGGCUGGAGGAAGUUGUGAAGGCGAAGGCGGCAGUUCUGGAGGAAGUCAGACAACUCGAGGCCGAGGUCUACGAGAUGGAGCACAACCGCGACAAGCUGGAAGCCUCGCUCAAGAAGGAGGUGAAGGAGCUUCGCCAGCGCCUCAAGUCGCUGGAGGUUGCGUUCAACAAAAUGCAAAAAGAAAUCGGCGCGUUCCGCCAAGAGCUGACGACACUGGAGAAGGACCUGCAGUCCGUGCAAGAAGAGAUUCUGAAGCGCAGCGAAGGCCUCGUUCAGCUGCAGCAGGCGAUCGACGAGAAGACGAAGCUCGUCGAGGAACAGAAAGCCAAGGUCGAGGAGGUGCGCAAGGAGAUCGAGGCGUGCCUGUCGGAGGCGGCGCAGUCUGACAAGAAGCUCGGCGAAGUCACCGGCAGGCUCAAGAAGCUUCAAAAGACAAAAGAUCACAAUCUGCUGACUCUGAAGAAGCACCUCCACAUCAUGGACAGCCGCGAGAAGAACAUAGGUGCUGCUCGGCGUGAAAUGGAAGCACUUCAACGCGCAAACGAAUGGUUGCAGACGGAGGAAAGCAAGUUCAAUCAGCCUGGCUCGGCAUACGACUUUCGCCAGCUGCGGCCAGAAACGGCGCGGCAGCGGCUCCAGGCGCUUCAGAACGAAGUCCAGCGUCUGCAGAAGUGCGUCAACAGCUCCGCUGCGACGCUUCUCGAGAAGACCGAAAAAGAUCUCCUCGCUCUCGUCGAGAGAAAAAACCAAGUCGAACACGACAAAGCGAAGAUCGAGGCGGUGAUUUCCGAGCUGGAUGUCAAGAAGCGGCAGAGCCUGGAAAACACCUGGCGACAGGUCAACGAGAACUUCACUGCGAUCUUUGAGCAGCUGCUGCCGAAUGCUCAAGCCAAACUGGCGCAAGUCAAUCUGCGCGACCUCAUGGAGGGCCUCGAGAUGCGAAUCGCCUUCAACAAGAAGUGGAAGGAGUCGCUGGCGGAGCUGUCCGGCGGACAGCGCUCGCUGCUGGCGCUGUCUCUGAUUCUCGCGCUGCUUAAGGUGAAACCCGCGCCCGUGUACAUCCUUGACGAAGUCGACGCCGCGCUGGACCUCUCCCACACCCAAAACAUCGGAAGUAUGAUCAAGACGCAGUUUCCGACCUCUCAGUUCAUCAUCGUCUCCCUCAAAGAGGGAAUGUUUUCACACGCCGACGUUCUCUUCCGGACUCGGCUUAUAGACGGAGUUUCGAACGUCGAGCGCCACGCGCUGGCGGAGCGUCCGCAGCAGCGCAAGGCGCUGCCAGCCGCAGGUGCCGCGAAUCCGCCUGUCGGUAGCUCGAGGAAAAGGAUGCGGAAAAACGCCCAGCGAGAAGAAGGCAGCGGCGGAGAAGACCUGAACUAG